CGAGCUUCCUUUGUUCUGUGUCGAAGAAAGUCAUGGCUGCGGUUCAGCAGCUCCAAUCUGAAGUCGUAUGCUCGGUUUGCUUGGAGUAUUUCAAAGAGCCGGUGUCUAUUGCUUGCGGGCACAUUUUCUGCCGCGCCUGCAUCGAGCUGUGCUGGGGCGAAGCGGAGGGAAACGUUUUAUGUCCUCAAUGCCGAGAAAUUAUCCAGGAAAAAACCUUCAGACCCAAUAGGGAGUUGGGGAAUAUCGCGGAGCUGCUGAAAUGUCUGAAAUUGGACGCAGCAAUAGAAGCCUCGCCGGUAGUAAAAGGAGUCUGUCUGAGACACCAGGAGCCCCUAAAACUUUUCUGCCAGGAGGACGAGUCCCCCAUCUGCGUCAUCUGCAGGGAAUCCCGCGACCACCGCUCUCAUAAAGUACUUCCCAUAGAAGAGGCUGCCCAGGAUUACAGAGAACAAAUCCAAUGUGAACUCCAGAAACUGAAGAGUGUGAGAGAGAAUCUCAUGCAAGAUCCAUUUACUAUGAAAGAGCACCUGGAAAAGAUUGACAUUGAAAGAGAUACAGUUGAGAAGGAGUUUGACCAACUACAUCAGUUUGAGCAGGAGCAGAAGUGUCUCUUUCUGGACCAGCUGAAAGAGCUGCAGAAGGAGUUGGAGGAUGAACAGAAGUCAAAGGCUGAGAAUGCUGAUCAUCUGAAUACUCUGAUUGGAGACAUGGAGAAGAUAUGCCAGAAGUCAGACAAUGAAUUCCUGCAGGAUAUUAAAAACACCUUGAGCAGGUCCAGGGAUUUCCAGAGGCCUGUGAGCACCUCCAGCCUUACACAAAAACUUGCUGCAUUUUCUCAGAAGACGGCUGCUCUAAAAGUGGCACUGAAGAAUGUCAAAGGAACAUUCACAUCUCAGCUGAAGAAAAAUGAAAGGCAGCAGAUGAAAAAGCCCAAGAUGUUUUCUGAGCUCCGGGCUGUCUCUGAAGCAGUUGUUGCAGUUGAUCUGGAUGCAGCUGAUGCAGUUGAUCUCAAAGGACCAUAUAUGAAUUAUGUCAAACCCCCAUCUGCGCAUCCUGUCAAAUUCCCAUUUGGGCAUCCUGCCAACCCCCCACCCGGGCAUCCUGCCAGCCUGAACAAAAUACAUGGAUUCUUCAAAUAAGAUCUGUAAUUAAAGGAGUUUUGUAUAAAGGGCAUGCAAUGAAGAUCAUCAAUCGCAAAUCAUAAUUUUGUGCCCAAGACACCCAAAGGAGAGUCCAUAGAUAAAGGUGGACACAGCAUGGUUCUGAAGCAAGCUAAUACCUCUAAAGACCAGGAUCACUUAAAGCAAUUGACAAAUUUAUGAAACCAUCAAAGAAGUCCCGGGUUGCUAUGCCGAGGCAAGCAAUGGCAAACCGCAUCUGAACGUAUCUUGCCUUGAAAGCCCCAUGAGGGGUUGCUAUAAGUCAGAUGUGCCUUGACAGCACUUUCUACUACAACCAAGCCAUCUAAGAAGAAAUAGUAUGGGCUGCCAUGAUGACAGGGAUUAAGGAAAUCGGUGCAGCUUUUAUGAAAACCCGCUGGAUGGCGGAGAAGCACUGCACAGUUGCAGGAGCCCCAUCAAGCAGUUUAUGGCAUGUCACUCAGAAGGCAAGGUAGAAGGGGCUGCAGUUCAGUAGCAGAGCCUCUGCUUGGUGUGCAGAAGAUCACAAGCUCAAUUUUCGGCAUCUCCAGUUAAAAAAACAAGACAAUAGGUCUUGUGAAUGGCCUCUGCCUGAGACCCUGGAAAGCCACUAGUAGUCUUGCAUAGACGAUACCUGGAUGGACCCAUGGUCUGAUAUAAUAUAAGGCAGCUUGAUGCAUGUUCAUGACACUUAUAAAAAUUUUACAGUUAUUGAUGGACCUAGGUUUGGUUUUGGAAAUUUAUAAUAAAAUUUCCAAUACUUAACAAGGGUCUCGGGAUGGGGAAAGAAUGCAGACCACAGAUGGCAAGUCUGGGCUGCUCACCAGGGGAGAAAAUAGAAUCAAAAGAAUAUAUUGUAGGGAAUGUUAUGAUUCUGUAAAGUAAUUUCUUGUUUCAAGGCAAACUGAAUAGUUGAUCUGUUAAGCUUUUACCAUUCUGUCAGACCAAACUCUUGUUCAGUUGCACAGUCAAGGUCUCUACGUGCUAAUAAAAGAACAAAGAGAAAAGCAGGUUAAGACCUGUUGUAGUUUAGAUAUUAACUGAAUAAAUAAGCAAAUUAGUUUAAUGUUUACUAAGCUUCCUGUGCAUUAAAGCUUUGGUUUUUUCCUUCCAG